AUGUGCCAGUGUAUUAGCAAUAUGGAUGGUUGCAAGGUUUGGUCUGUUCUGCUGAUUAUAGUUUACAGCCUGUCCCAAAGAUGUAUGCCAUGUGGUAUUUCAACACAUAUUGAAAUAGCACACCGAGCUCUGGAAUUUUUCAGUAAACAUGAAGGGAAUGUUAACUAUAGAAAGUUGUUACUAAACCACCAGGAUGCAUUUCAGGCUGGGAGCCUUUAUCCUGAUGCCUUUUAUCCUGUUAUCUGCAGGAAUGGAAUAUUCCAUUAUGUUUCUGAAGACACUCACUGGGCACCAUUUCUCAACACUAGUAUCCAUUACAUCAGGAAGAAGUAUCCUCAGCCUUGGGAGGAGGCUACAGAGAAACUGGUGGCUUUCCUGUUUGGAAUUACUUCACAUAUGGUGGCAGAUGUGAGCUGGCAUAGCUUGGGCAUUGAUCAAGGAUUUCUAAGGACCAUGGGAGAAAUUGAUUUUCAUGGCUCAUACUCAGAUGCUCAUCGUACUGGUGAUUUUGGAGGUGACGUAUUGAGCCAGUUUGAGCUUGAUUUUAGUUACCUGAAAGCAGACUGGUAUGUACCAGUCAAAGACCUGCUAGCUAUCUAUAAGGAAUAUUAUGGCCAAGAAGUAAUAACCGAAGGCACAAUUAUUGACUGCACUUACCUGCUGUUUCUCGAAUUGCAUGGAGAAAUGCUUGCUGUUGCCAAGCUUUUCCCAUCAUAUGCUAGCAAAUCGCCAUUUUUGGUGGAGAGGUUCCAGGAGUAUUUCCUUGGAGGACUGGAUGACAUGGCAUUUUGGUCAAAUAAUAUUUUUCAGCUAGCAAGCCACAUGUUAGAAAAUGGGACUAGUGGCUGCUUCAUACCUGAGAACCCUCUGUUUAUAGAGUGCAAUGGGGAGCACAAGAACAGCGACAUAAUUAAAGAGUUCAAAAAGGAACAGCACAAGAGCAUGACUUCUUCACUCACAAAAACAACUGAAAAGAAUAUAAAUUAUACGGAGAAAGGAGUUUAUUUCAAUAUGCAGUCCUGGGCAACCAAAUCCCUCCACUUUAUUAAUAGUGCUUUUGCAAAGAAUGUCAGGAAAGCGUUUGCAGUCAUGCAUCAGCAAUCCUCAAACCACGUCUUCAAGCCCACAGCCUCAUACUUUCUGAAAUCACCCUAUGCCAGGCUUGGAUGGGCAAUGGCCUCAGGUGACUUAAACCAAGAUGGUUAUGAGGAUCUAGUGGUUGGAGCACCAGGAUACAGCAGAUUGGGCCGUGUUCAGAUAGGACAGGUGUACAUAAUCUACAGUAAUCGGUCAGGUUUGCCUCCAGUAAACAUGGAUCUAGACAAGGAAGCGGAUCAAGUGCUGGAGGGUUGUCAGCCUUCAGGCAGGUUCGGUUCUGCCAUAGCAGUACUGGACUUCAAUGAGGACGGAGUACCAGACAUAGCGGUGGGAGCACCUUCUGUAGGAUCACAGAAUCUCACUUAUACAGGUGCUGUGUAUGUAUAUCUGGGCACUACAGGAAGAGGCUUGUCACCUUGGCCAAACAUUACCAUAAUUUGCCAGCACACAUUCUGUAACCUUGGCUGGUCACUGCUGGCUGCUGAUAUUGAUGGGGAUGGAAAGUCUGAUCUGGUUGCCGGUUCUCCUUAUGCACCUGGCGGUGGGAAGCAGAGAGGAUUUGUAGUUGCAUUUUAUUCUCACUUCAACAGGAGUGACAAAGAGCUGCUGUCAGUAGAGGAUGCCAACUGGAUGGUGAAGGGGGAAAAGAACUAUGCCUGGUUUGGAUAUUCACUUGUUAGUCACCAGUUGAAGAACAAAACCUUACUGCUGAUUGGAAGUCCUACCUGGAAGAGCUGUAUUGGUCUAGGUUGCUACAGCUCAUUGGAUACCAAACAGAGUGUUGGAAAGGUGUAUGGAUAUAACCCACCAAGCACACUAAGCUGGUUUUCCGUAACUGGAGACAUGGACAGGGGCAAACUGGGUUCGUCGUUGGCCAGUGGCUUCAUGUCUGUGGCUGGAAUUCCAAGAGAAGUGUUGGUGGUGGGUGCACCUACCUCUGACAGCACGUCUAGGAUUGCAUUUAUACCCUCAGUACUGCACCAAGCUGGAACUGUUCUGAUGUAUGACUUGACAGAUGGUGCCAAACCUUCUUUGCUCAGCACUUUCAGUGGGGACAGGAGGUUCUCUCGCUUUGGAGGAGAUGUACACUUAAAUGACCUGGACAAUGAUGGACUAGAUGAAAUUAUUGUGACAUCUCCUCUGAGAACUGACGACAUCACGUCUGUACUGUUUGGAGGGGAGGCUGGACGUGUGUACAUCUACAAUGGAAACCAGACCACCUCCGGUCAUGUGACAGACAACUGCAAAUCAUGGACUUCUCCUUGUCCUGAGGACUGGGCACAAUAUGUACUAAUUUCUCCUGAAGAAAGAUCAAGGUUUGGGAGCUCCAUCAUCACUGUGAAAUCUCAAGGAAAGAGAGAAGUUGUAGUAGCUGCUGAGAGAAGUUCGGUGAAAGCUAGACUUAGUGGAAGGCUUUUUAUGUAUACCCUUUAA